AUGCAAACUAUGAAUAUAACAAAUGAUUCUACAUCAAUUUAUCCAUAUUCUUCACUACAGUUUGACUGCAAUCAUCAAGAAUUAGAUGAGACUAAUACAUCAACAAUAUCUGUGCCUGCAUCAUUGGAUUUGGCGAGUUUUAAAAAUCAUAAUUAUUCAUCCAUGCUGAUUAUGAAUCAUCAACAAAAGCAAAGUAUCAAUGAAGAUAAAGACAAAAUUUAUCCUACGGUUCCAGCCACGAAUUUUAAUUCUUCAACUAUUCAAUACGGUGGUCAUCAUUGUCAUCUAGUUUAUCCACUCGGUCAUUGUCAACAAACAACCAUGGAAAAUAGUAAUGGUGAUAAUAUUGAUAGCACAGAAGGAGAGAAGACAAAAGAUAAUAGAAAUGUGUUAUCAAAUGAUUUAAAUGAAGAUGAAUAUUGCAAAAUUUGUGGAGACUUAGCAUCCGGAUGGCAUUGUGGAGCAAUAACAUGUGAAGCAUGCAAAAAAUUUUUUUUACGUUCAAUUUCAACAUGUAAUGGAAAGAAAAAAUAUAAAUGUCAAAGAGAUUUAAACUGCUUAGUAACAAAGCGUUCUCGAACUCAAUGUCAAUAUUGUAGAUUUCAAAAAUGUAUCUCUGUUGGAAUGAAAGCUCAUGAAUCGGUUGGAUCAAAAACUGAAGAUUUAUAUAAAAAAUUGCCGUGCCUUAUUUGUAAUGCGUCAGCAUCAGGUAUUCAUUUUGGUGCUGUUACAUGUGAAGCUUGUAAAGGUUUUUUUCGUCGAUCAAUUAAAGAAAAUGCUCCUGAACGAUAUCAUUGUGCUGAAAAUAAUAAUUGUGAAAUAAUUUCGACUAUUCGACAAUUACAAAAUAAUUCAACAUCAAUGGCAACUAUUAUGGAUUCAGCUCGUAUUGCAUCGAUGGCCAAAAAGCGAAAAACAAAAAAUAAAAUUGGAAAAAUAUUUGCAUCAAUCAAUGAAAUUGAUAUUGAACUUUCACCGGCAAUAAGAGAAUUUGUUGAUAAAGCUUUUGAUGCUUAUCUUAUCUAUUUAAAGGAUUUACCACGAUGUAUUCCACGUGAGUCAGUUUGGUCGACUAUGACAUCACAAAUGAUUAUUUAUGCUCAAGCAAUUAUGAAUUUCUGUCAAAGCAUAAUACCGGGUUUUUCAAAUACGUCUGACAAAUAUGAAAUCAUUUCAUCAUCUAUCAAUUCUGUUAUUAUGGUAACACUAUUACGUAGUAAAAUAUUAACAAAAUCUUCAUCUGAAAUUAUACAUUCAAUAUGGAAUUAUUGGCAAGCAGAACCAACAUUAUCAAUGGAAUUAAAUGCACAUGUUCCACAAUUAGCACAAGCAGAAAAUUUAUUUCUAUCAUUCGAAUCCAAAUUACGACAUCUUCGUUUAGAUGAAAAAGAAUUUUCUCUUCUUCUAUUAAUGAUUAUUACUCGAAAUAAACUGAAUGUAAUUAACGGAGACAAUAAAUUAUGGUCAACAUAUCAAUAUGAAUGUGUUCAGGCAUUCUCUGAAUAUAGUCAAGCUCGGCGAUCGAAAAUUAAUCGAGAAUUUUCAAUUGAAUUUUAUGAUAUUGCUUUUUUGGUAUCUCAAAUUCGUUCAUUAAAUCAUCGCGUAAUUGAAUGUUUUAUGAAUCUUCCAUGGCCCUAUGUACGAAAUUUACCUUCAUUCUUUUAUCGUAUUUAUGUACCAUGUUGUGAUAGUUCUCUAUCGGUUUUAAAUUCCAGUCUAUAUAAUAAUUGUGUAGCUUUAUGA